CGAUUACAUACCUGUCCAUCAUUUUGUCAUCCGUCUGGAUUUGAAGGGGUCCAUGGUAUUCCAUGCCUAUCUUACUAAACACAGCACCGAGAUUCUCUUUUCACCACCACGAUCGCAACCUGGAUUUCACUUUACCAAAGAAGUCAUUCAACGGACUUCGUUUCGUCACAGUCUGUUGCGCCCUAUAACAAACGCCUUUUUCCUCAUCGCGCGACUCGGUCCAAACGUCCUUUUUUACAGUUGCACGACACCUCCGGUCCGACACGCGCCCUCCUUUCCUCCCGCACGAGUUGUUUACAGAUACCUUAGCUCGAGCUUGUGCGACCCACCACCUUUUCUCCUGUUUUGCUUCCGCCCCGUCUCUCGACCUAUUGUCGCCUCUCGCUCCCUCACAUCGCGCGACCGAUUUCGAUUCCGCCAACAUCGCACCCCAGGCGAUUUUGACGCGAAAACAUCAUAGCCGCUACCUCUUCGUCGGAGGGUAUGGCGGAACGAAUUACCGAUGAGCAGGUCGCCGACCUGCUCGCCAUCUUGCGCACCGAUGCUUCUGUCGACGCCAAAGCGAACCGCAUCACCAUCGUGAAGGCGAGCAUCAAGCAACACAAUGUUCCCAGCUCAUGCUUUGCGCCGCUUUUCGAAGCGCUCCAUAUCGCCUCGACCGCACAACACCCCGUUCUCGUCAAUGCCGGAUUCACUACGCUCAACCACCUGCUCGCUCGCUUGGCCAGGCAGGAUCCCAGGUUUUUGGCCAAGGAGGCGCCGCACACACUCCCCGUUAUUGUCGACAAGCUUGGCGACCAGAAGGACAAAUUCCGCCAGCUCGCCAUUCAAGCAUUGGCAACCCUCUACAAGGUUGCGCCUGUGGACGUCGAGCGCUCUGUGCGCAACAUUGCUAUGGUAGGCAAGAACCCGAGGGCGAAGGAGAUGAGCAUGCACUGGCUACUACAGACGCACCAAGAGCAAGGCUUACAGUUUCGAGGCUACGUUCCAACCUUGAUGGAGCUUCUCGAAGACGCCGAUGGAUCAGUCCGCGACGUUGCUAAGACCACCGUCAUUGAGCUCUUCAAAAAUGCGCCCAAUGCCGCCAAGUCGGAUUUGAAGAGACAGCUCAAGAACUUCAAGGUCAGACCUGCGAUCGAGCAAGCUAUCGUGAAAGAGCUUAACAAUCCAUCCUCCUCCGUUUCCUCCCAGCAAAAUGACAUGAUGGACCUGGACGAGCCGGUGGUGUCCACACGCGCUCCUGCGCCCGCCAUCAUACGAACCAACCUAUCCGCCAGCGUGCCUGCUCUCUCGUCCGAGCGCCCCCUUACGCCGGGACUAGAUAGCCGCCCCGAGCCGGUCGAACCACAAUUUGUGAACACACAACGUGAGUUGGACGAUAUAUUCAGAGAUAUGCACAUGUUCUUCGACGGAAGGGAGACAGAACAGAACUGGCUGAAGCGGGAGGAAAGCAUGACCAAACUGAGGAGACUUAUCGCUGGAAACGCCGUCUCGGACUUCCACGACUCCUUUCUCGCUGCGCUUCGAGCGCUACUUGAUGGCAUCAUCAAAGCGGUCACCUCCCUCAGAACCAGCUUGUCCAAAGAAGGCUGCGCUCUUGUCCAGGACAUUGCGACAGUUUACGGUCCAGGUAUGGAUCCGAUGGUGGAAAUCCUCAUGCAGACAUUUGUCAAACUAUGCGCAGCCACCAAGAAGAUUGCUUCCGCGCAAGCCAAUGCCACAAUCAACACCAUCCUUGGAAAGGUCAGCUAUACCAAUCGCCUUAUGCAGCACAUCUGGAUGGCCUGUCAAGACAAGAACGUUCAGCCGAGGCUCUAUGCCACUGAGUGGCUCAAAACGAUGCUUACCAAAAUGGCACAUCAUAAAAACCAUGUCGAACACACUGGCGGCCUAGAUCUGAUUGAGAAAUGCCUCAAGAAGGGCCUGGCCGAUGCAAACCCUGGCGUCAGAGAGAAGAUGCGAGCAACGUAUUGGACUUUCUCCGGGAUAUGGCCGGCCCGGGCGACUUCCAUAAUGAACGAGCUUGACUCGACCGCGCAAAAGCUGCUUCAAAAGGACCCUAAUAACCCUAAUGCUCACAGUAGGACUGAAGCAGGAGGAGCCCGCCCUGGCAUGGGUCUCUCCAAGAGCGUUAUGGGGGCUCCCAAGCCGAGCGUGCGCGAUGCCAUUAUUGCUCAGAAGAGGGCCAUGGCAUCGUCGAAAAACCAGCCACCGCGGCCUGGUUCAGCCAUGGCUCAUUUCUCUCCCGUGGGGACGACGAGAAAUGUUUCAUCAACCUCCCAAGCAUCCACCGCUUCUGCUACCACAACGUCAGCUGUUCCCGCACCAACAAAAUCAGCGUUUGGUACUAGCUCGGGGGGCCUUUCGGGGGCACCAAUGCGGCCCGGCAAAAGAAGGCCUGAAGUAGCUGCUCGACCGGCAACGGUGGGUCCAUAUUCGGUGAGGAAUGAAGUACCUCCCGCCGAGCCAACCAGCCCGCCUCCAAAACCUAGGGUCAAGACUGUCACGAGCCCCAAGACGCAGACACUUGUCAUCUCUCCGAAGAAGGCGAUCCCUAGGCCACAGCAAGGUCAUUCUACGCAUAGCAGCGAGUCUGGCAUUCCAAUUCCGGUUUCUGGUAUUCCUAGUCCAACAAAGCCCACCAGCGCAAUUGGCGUUCGUUCUCCCCGAUCACCCUUAGCGCCGGAGUUGCCUCCAUCACCCGUAAUCGCCUCGCCUUCAAGAGUUAUGCUAGAUCCUGCUCAGAUACCAUUACCCGAGAGCAGCCCAUCCAAAGAUGAAGAGCUCUCGUUGGUAGUACCCAGCACUGUGCUGCCAACUCAGAAGACUCCGUCGCCUACGGUGGAGUCACAGCAACCGCAGAUUGCUAUAGUGCCCAUCGAGGCCGUCGAGAUCGUGCCUGAUAGCCCUUUCGGGUCUGUUCAGGUGUAUGAGGACCCUUUCACUGCAGGAGAGGCUGAACCACAGUCCACCUAUACCGGUCCUGUUUUGGAGCCUAAGCCGGUAAACGAAGGUGCCGCUACUCCUCAGCCGCCACAGCAGUCUUUCGAUGGCGAGAACGGUCAUGGAAUGGGCGAAAUACCCAUUCCUUCUUCCCCUGAGCGGACCAGGCAAAACUCGCGCCUCCUUGACAGUGGCAUUUCCAAGGUCAAGACCAAGUCCCUCGACGUCCACGGCUUCCGCAAGCUGCAGGGCAUCAUUCGCGAUCCCAAAGGUGGCGCCAUCUUCACCGAUGACAAGUUCGACGCUCUCCUCUCCGGCCUCUUCGAGUUCCUCGAAGCCCGCCCUUCCGAAAUCCCCCACAUCCCCGCCGAGAAGCAACAGGACGUCAAGGCCCAGAUCCUGGCCACCAUCAAGCUGCUCCUUAAGAAGAUGCGCGACAACUUCCGUCCCCACGUCUCCCGCGGUCUCGAGAGCCUGCUGCGUGCCCGCGCCGCCUAUGACAGCCGCUCCCACAUCGUCAGCGGCAUGGAGCUGCUCGCCGACGAGCUCAUCACCCUAGGCGACCCUGCCGAGAUCACCCUGGUGCUGGCCAACACGCUCCGCGAGGCGCUGCUGGAUAAGGACCAGCAGCACAACACAGCAGCUGCUGGUGGGCCGGGCGCGCGCUCCCUUAGUAUGGGAAUGCACGUCCUCAAGGAGGUGGUUGAAAGCUCAGCGACCUCCUCGACGCCGUUCACGCCUACCGAGCAGGAGCUGGAUACCCUCGCUGGGCUGGCGGCCAAGUGCCUGGAAAGCGCGGACAGCGCGGUGCGUAUGGAUGCUGUGCAGUUGUGUGUGGCGCUGCAUGCGAGGGUGGGCGAUCAGAGGUUUUGGGAUGCGGUGAAGAGAGAGGGGGUGAGGGAUGAUCCGAAGAGUUUGAUCACGUAUUAUAUUGUAAGGAGGCAUAGGGAAGUUGGGGCCAAUGCAUGAGGAAGUAAGUGCUUGAAAGAGCUUCGCGACUUGCUGAAGAGUCGAUGGGCCAUGGGGUUUCUGUCGAGGAAGUUGGUAGUGGGUAAUAUGAAUGGGUACAAUAAUGUGUUGUUUGGAGAGUGUACGAAGAAAAAAAUCAUUAG